AAAAGCACAUAAAAACAGAACACGAAACAGAGUUUUGUGUCUCUUGUCCCUGCAAUUUUCUCAGCUUCUCUUCUCUUCUCCUUGUUCUUUCUGUAAUCCUCAAAUCUAUUUCUAACUAGCCAUAGCUUCAUGAAACUCCCUACCUUCGCAGACCCAGAAUCACUUUCUUACGUUUACACCUUGCUACAAAGUUCAUUUGACCAAAUGAAUGACCCCAACAACAACAACAACAACAAUUACAACAACAACAAUAGCAGUGCUACCUCUGUAAACACCAGAAAGCGACGCAGAAAAGUGAAAGGUGAUGAUGAUGUUGGUGGUGAUGAAAUUCCCAGCAACAAUCGUGAAGAGGAAGAAGGAGAUAACAAGAGCAAAAACAAGAAGGAAGAAUUGAAGGGUAUCCUUACUUCUCUGCUUUUACUCGAUGAGCAAGAGAAGGUUGAGCAGGAUCAUCAAAUCAAGGAUUCAGAGGAUGAGAAGUUCUCAUUGGAAACCAACCAUAAGAAGAAAACCAAAGCUAUGAUUCAGUACUACACUAAUCUAGAUGAUUAUUACGGCCAGGUGGAAGAAUCAGAGCGAGUUCAGAGGAAGAAAAGCAGGAACAUGGCAAAUUCUGUAGCUGUUGCUGCUGCAGGAGGGAGUGAAGCGUUGGAAUUGGAAGAAGGAAACGGUGAAGGGGUUGUCAAAUCUGGUGGUGGUGGAGGUGGAGGUCCACAAAGGAGGCUAUGGGUGAAGGAUCGUUCUGGGGCAUGGUGGGAUGAAUGUAAUACACCUGAUUUUCCUGAAGAAGAGUUUAAGAAAGCAUUCAGAAUGGGAAGGUCAACUUUUGAUUUGAUCUGUGAGGAGCUGAAUUCAGCUAUUGUGAAAGAGGACACCACUUUGAGGAAUGCUAUCCCAGUGAGGCAGAGAGUUGCGGUUUGUCUUUGGAGGCUCGCGACCGGGGACCCUCUUAGGAUUGUGUCUAAGAGGUUUGGUUUGGGGAUUUCAACUUGCCAUAAGCUGGUUCUUGAGGUUUGUACCGCGAUAAAGACGGUGUUGAUGCCGAAGUAUCUGCAGUGGCCUGAUGAGGCUGCAUUGAGGAAAAUUAAGGGUGAUUUCGAGUCGGUUUCGGGGAUUCCUAAUGUGGUGGGAUCGAUGUACACAUCUCAUGUUCCUAUCAUAGCACCAAAAAUUAGUGUGGCGGACUAUUUCAACAAGAGGCACACGGAGAGGAAUCAGAAGACUUCGUACUCGAUCACGGUUCAGGGUGUUGUGGACUCAAGAGGGGUAUUCACUGAUGUUUGCAUUGGUUGGCCCGGAUCAAUGUCGGAUGAUCGGGUGUUGGAGAAGUCUGCUCUUUUCCAAAGGGCUAAUGGAGGGCUUCUUAAGGGGAUGUGGAUUGUUGGGAGCUCAGGGUACCCUCUGAUGGAUUGGGUUUUGGUGCCCUACACUCAGCAGCACCUUACUUGGACUCAGCACGCUUUCAAUGAGAAGAUUGGGGAGGUUCAGAAGGCCGCGAAGGAUGCAUUCGCGAGGCUAAAAGGGAGGUGGAGUUGCUUGCAGAAAAGGACAGAGGUGAAGCUGCAAGAUUUGCCUAUUGUACUCGGGGCAUGUUGUGUGUUGCACAACAUUUGCGAGAUGAAGGGUGAUAAAAUAGACCCUGACUUGAAGCUUGAUCUUGUUGAUGAUGAAAUGGUGCCCGAGGUUGCUUUGAGAUCAGUGAGCUCCAUGAAAGCUAGGGAUGCUAUUGCUCAUAAUCUUUUGCACCAUGGCCUAGCAGGCACUUCUUUUCUAUGACUGAGUUUUUGUAUUUGAUCAUUUUGCUGGUACUUGAGAACAUAAUUCUUUCCUUGUUUACAUGAUAUUGAAGUCAUUUGUCCUUGUUUGUUGAAAGGGCUUUAGAAAACAUGUAUUGGCCCCUUCAACAGAUAUGUGAUGAUAGUUUACAUAGGGUUAGAUCCAAAUUUGUAAUCCAGUUACAUACUCUGAUUGCCAAAUAUAAGAGAUUGGUUAAUGAAAUUAGAUCAUUCUUUUGUAA